AUGGCUGUAGGGUAAGAGCUUGUUCGGCUUGUUCGGCACUCUUCUGUUUCAUUCUAUCCUUCCGUUCUUUGUGGAAUUCUGCGGCAUCAUGAUCUCUGAUGUUGCCUCCCUAUUUAUUUCUUCAGGAAGAACAAGAGGAUCUCCAAGGGGAAGAAAGGAGGCAAGAAGAAAGCGUAUGUCGACAUCAUCGGUCUACCGCUUCCCGCAGUUUUUUGGUUGUCGAAGUACGCUCCUUUCAUGUUCUGCGUCUCACCGCAUUCUCCUAAUUCCUCCUAGGGCUGAUCCCUUUGCGAAGAAGGAUUGGUACGACAUCAAGGCUCCCUCAGUUUUCAGCGUGAGGAACGUUGGGAAAACCCUCGUCUCCAGGACUCAGGGUACCAGGGUUAGUGCUUGCAUUUUAUCAAUUGAUUUUCCUAGAUAAAUUUUUAUGGUGCCCGAGCUUGAAAUAUUAAAUUGCCUUCUUAAUGCAAUGUAAUAAUAGAAACGGUCUAGGAAGAAGAACUCGAUGCUACUUAAUCACGUAGAUCGCACAUAUGUAAGCUCUAUGUCAUGUGGGUAGAAUAACUUCAUAUUUGAUGUUUUGAUAUAAAAUUAUAUCCAUUUACUGUCAAUGAAGAAAAAUUAGUGUUAUUUACUGGAAAACGUUUUUAGCCAUGAAUCAAACGGAUAUAUGAAAGAUGAGAAGAGGAAUGUUGAUCAUAAAUAUGCUUAGCAUCAUGCUCGUAGUUUGAAACAAGGAUUUCUCCUUUGGAGGGAAAAUAUUUUUUCAAACAUGGCCACAUUAUUUAGGUUGUGCAAAAAGUUGUGACCUGAUCGAGUCAUGAAUGAAGAAAUAAUUUUGACGAUGUGACUUUUUUUCAGUAAGAUCAGGAAAUGGAGUUACUAUAAUUUCGUAUUUUGUUGUUGUAUUUGGAAAACAUAUCUACAUGUUAGUGCGUUAUCAUGAAGUUAUAAACACCUUUGCCUUCAACCCUUGAUUGCCAGAGCUUGCCGAUCAUUUCUUUAAGGAAUCUUCCCUUAUCUGUCUACUUUUCUAGAUUGAGCUCUCAUUCUGUUUUAUAUACAAAUGUAUUAACUGUUUACUCUUUUCUUCGUAGUCAAGACAAUUUUUCUCGAGUAUCCAACAUAAAUUUGCUCUUGACGAAGUUGGACGCGAGUCCUCCUUGAACCCCGUCAAGGGCAAAUUUUAAGUUUUACGUGUCCAACUUGGGAACUCGCCGAGUUGUUCAUAAAUUUUGUCAUCUUACAUAAUUCUAUGCACGAUACAUCUUGUUGCAGACUGCAUCUGAUGGUCUAAAGCACAGAGUAUUUGAGGUCUGCUUAGCUGACCUUCAGAAUGACGAAGAUCAGCACUACAGAAAGAUUCGCCUUCGUGCAGAGGACAUCCAAGGGAAAAAUGUUCUUACGAACUUUUGGGUAAAUAACCCACCGAUUCUUUUUCUUUUCAGGGAAAAUGUAGAAAUCCUCCAAAUCACUGUUAGCAAUUUUAUUUCAGGGAAUGAACUUCACUACAGAUAAACUUCGCUCAUUGGUUCGAAAGUGGCAGACAUUAAUUGAGGCCCAUGUUGAUGUGAAGACAACUGACAACUAUACUCUGAGAAUGUUCUGUAUUGGCUUUACAAAGAGACGUCCUAAUCAGGUCAAGCGCACGUGUUAUGCCCAAUCCAGCCAGAUAAGACAGGUAUAUUAUAACUUUUUCAAAGCGCGAAUAUUUUUUACUAUUAUUGUGAUGUUGAUAAACUUGUAUUCCUCUGAACAUUUCAGAUUCGUCGGAAGAUGACAGAGAUUAUGAUCAAUCAAGCAGCAUCAUGUGAUCUGAAGGAGCUCGUACAGAAAUUCAUUCCCGAAGUUAUUGGGAAAGAGAUCGAGAAAGCAACCUCGAGCAUAUACCCUCUUCAAAAUGUCUUUAUUCGCAAGGUUAAGAUAUUGAAGGCACCCAAGUUUGAUCUUGGCAAACUAAUGGAGGUAUUCUGGCUUUAUCGUUGUUGAGUUACCACAAAUUCAUUCAAUGUGUAUCACUCAGUAUGUGUUUUGUCGUUACAACCUAUCCAUGUCUUGAGCAGGUUCACGGAGAUUACUCGGAGGAUUUGGGUAUGAAAGUUGAGAGACCGGCAGAAGAUGUUCCUGCAGAGGAGACUGAGGUUGUUGGGGCUUAG